GAUUACACAAAUUAAUUAUAUACACUUUUCCCAAGUUUUCUUUAACAUUGUCAAACAAUCCAAAAGAAAUAUAACUUUAAAAGAAAAGGAAAAGUCACUCAUAAUAUAAGAUUGAAUAAACAUUUCACUGUCCAAUGAAUCAAACCGAUUCUUUUAGAAAUGAAUCAAACGGCUCUCAUUGUGAAUGAAUCAUUGAAUAGUUGACUUCACUCAGGCCUACACGAGCAGCGUCUUCCUUCGGAUUUGUUUGGAUCAUUUUUGAUGGCAAAACAGCACAAAUGUUUUAAAUGUAAGUAACAUUACGCCUUUUGUUGUUGUUAAACUAAACUAUAAGUGAAUUUGUGCUUAUUGGGGGAAACGUGCACUUUUCCUCGUGUAAUGCAACUAACUUAAUUAAAAAAAUCACAGACAUGUAAAAUAACUUGUAUAUUGCCAUGUCUUGGAUUAAAUGGGAAUUUAUUAUAACUGCAUUGUUAUAUACUUCAUCAUCGUUCAGUAAAUAUUGUGUGCACUUUCUUUGGCUCGCAGAUGAAUAGCAUCCAUUAGCAUCAGAUGCGUUUAUGGGCUUUAUUUUUAACACUCCUUGGUUAACUGAUAUUAGUUACCGCGUUUAUUUGAGUCUGCUUAAUGCACAUUAUGUUGUUUAAUGAUUAGACAAUUCAACACUGAACUGAGCUCUUUAGCAUCUUUUAAAAUCGUGAAUGGAAUGCGUGACGUGAUCGGCGCAGGUAUUUACAGGCGUUAUUUUUAGAAUUCUCUGUUGGGUGUUUUGGCGUUGGUGUAGUUGGCGGUGUUUUGUGUGGUUUGCGAUUAUUUUGAUUACUUCGGCUUUGAAUUCACGGUUUUUGACACUUUUUUCGGACUUGACUUACGAUUUUGGAUUGCGAUUUUGGCUCUGCUUUGAACUCCCGGUUUUGACCCUUUUCUGCUUCGACCCUCGGCUUUGGACUUGCCCCUGAUUGGUUCACCAAUCACCGCCUUAAACAUGGCAGUGUUGUCAGUUUGUGUAAGUAUACGACACACGAACAACAAAUUACAAUCAGUCUACAAAUACUGUUAAUAAAAAGCUUCUUGUUUUAUAUUUAAAAAAAUGUAUUCCUCAUAUUUCUUGUUUACAUUGACAGGUAUUGUAAUUAACAGACAACAUUAGGUAACUUAAGGCAAUUUUUGUUUUGCUGUUCAAAUUCAGACUUAUCAAACAGAUUUAAAGUCACUUUCUAGUGUCCUGUACUUUACAAUGCUCCCUAUCUUCUGCUUUGUGCAGUUGGAAACACCGAGUGUUGUAUUCGGUGUGCCUCUGAGUCACCUGAGGCGACAUGGCCAAAUGAGACAAGGCCUUCCUUUGGCCCUGACACACAUGGUGCAGUUCCUGGACCAGCAUGGCCUCAGCAUCAGUGGCCUCUUCAGAAUCAGCGGGAAGGUGAAACAGUACCAGGAACUGAAGAAAAGUUUCAACGACGGAGCCUUCCCUGAGUUUGACAUGGAGGAUAUUCAUCCUUUAGCCUCCUUGUUGAAACUUUUCCUGAGGGAACUGCCUGGUGGUCUCAUUCCAGAGUCACACGGGAAGCAGCUGUUGAAUGUGUUCAGGGAUUCAAAAGAGGAAGAACGCAAUCAGUCCAUGAGAAUGAUCCUGAACACACUUCCAGAGGAACAUUUCAACGUCCUCUCUUACCUGUUGUUCUUCCUCUCCCGCGUGGCUGCUGAGAGUCAGCAAAACCUAAUGACACCAGCGAAUUUAUCAAUAGUUUUUGGACCCACCAUCUUUCAUGUUCCUCUCAGACCUACAAUGCUUGAAGAACAGGAACACUAUAACACUUUGACUCUGCACCUGCUGGACAAUAUAACACAUCUGCUGCCCAAUAUGUACCCUCAGACAUCCAGCAGCAACACAGCAGAUGAAGAAGUCUUGACAAAUGAAGAGUGUGUCCAACAUCUGGCACCCACAGAACUCAAAUCAAAGUCACCUAUCACUGGGCGACUUUCUCAGCUAAAGAAAAGACUGAGAGGCUUUUGGAGAACGAUUUGUUCCUGCACAAACAGCAGUGACACAGACUGAAGAGACCACUGCAGGAAUGAAGGCCCAGAUAUUGGACAUUCGAAGAUACUGGGCCAAUAAGGGGCAUCUGAAAAGUCUGGCAAUGGUGAGGGUCACCUGCAGUCAUUGGGCAUGGUGAGGGUCACCAGCGGUCAUUGGGCAUGGUGAGGGUCACCAGCGGACAAUGGGAAAGGUGAUGGUCACCGGCAGAAACCAGGCAUGGUGACGAGAGACAGUGACACUGUGCUCUGGCAGACUCUACAAUGUACAUUUGUGAGAAGCAGUGAUGCAUUUAACUGUGAAAGUGAAAUAAAACUAUUUCUAAAAGCUGAAGUG